CUUUUUUCGGCUGGCUAUUUUUAAAAGUUAUAUGUAAAACAUGGCAGAUAUUGAGCCAAGAAUUGAUUUUAUAAAGUUAAAAUGCUUUCCCGAAAUAGACAGCCAGAAUAAUAACAGCCAAAUCGUCACAGCGGCAUUUCUUGAAUCGGCCAAUGAAGUCAUCGAUGGCAUCGAAUCAUUUGGAAGACUUUUUGUGCCAAUUGUCAGAGAUAUGCGUGGUAACGUAAAGAGGCUGGAAGCCAAAUAUAAUGAAAAUGAUCGAGCUUUCUAUUAUUUGGAAGACCUUAUUCUUUUCGAUAAAAAUGGAAAAACAAACUCUUACGAUACCGUAACCGACGCGUUACUUUGGCUAAAACGAGCACUUGAGAUGAUAGAAAUGUUUUUUAGAAACAUGUUAGAAGAUGUCUCAUGUAGCGACAAUGUAAAACAACAUCUCAAGAAAGCAUACGAUGACGCACUUCUACCUUAUCAUGGCUUCUUGGCUCAAAAAGGUUUUCAGAUUCUUAAUCAUUACGUACCGUCGCGCACAACGUUGCUGGGCUCUGCAAAAACAAACCAGCAAAAUAUGGACGCAUUAAAUAAGUUCCUAUCAACGUUUCGAGCCAACAUUGAUUACUUGAACAAAUUUUUUGAAACACAUGAUUUUAAUAAAACAUAUAAAGUAUAA